GCGGGGCUGGAGAUGGAGCAGGGGCCCCGAGUGGCCAGGCUGGGCGGGGCUGGAGAUGGAGCAGGGAUCCCCGAGUGGCCAGGCUGGGCGGGGCUGGAGAUGGAGCAGGGAUCCCCGAGUGGCCAGGCUGGGCGGGGCUGGAGAUGGAGCAGGGGCCCCCGAGGGGCAGGUGGGGGCGGGGCUGGAGAUGGAGCAGGGGCCCCGAGUGGCCAGGCUGGGCGGGGCUGGAGAUGGAGCAGGGAUCCCCGAGUGGCCAGGCUGGGCGGGGCUGGAGAUGGAGCAGGGGCCCCGAGGGGCAGGUGAGGGCGGGGCUGGAGAUGGAGCAGGGAUCCCCGAGGGGCAGGUGAGGGCGGGGCUGGAGAUGGAGCAGGGGCCCCGAGGGGCCAGGCUGGGCGGGGCUGGAGAUGGAGCAGGGAUCCCCGAGGGGCAGGUGAGGGCGGGGCUGGAGAUGGAGCAGGGGCCCCGAGGGGCAGGUGAGGGCGGGGCUGGAGAUGGAGCAGGGAUCCCCGAGGGGCAGGUGAGGGCGGGGCUGGAGAUGGAGCAGGCGCCCCCCGGGGUGGGUGGGGAGGACAGGCGGGGAAGGGGGGCUAUCGCUUACUCUGGUCCCUCCUCAGGAGCCAAGGCCUUCCCGAGGCCGAGGCCCCUGCAGGCCACUUCCCCCAGGCCCGGACGCCUCCAGCGCUAUCUGUCCAGCGGGGAGUUCGACCAGCUUUGCGACUUCCCCAUAUUUGAAAGCAACUUCGUCCAGGUGACUCGGUUCGGAGAGGUGGCCAACAAGGUGACCAUGGGCGUGGCCGCCACCAGCCCGGCCCUGGAGCUGCCCGACAUACUGCUGCUGGCCGGGCCGGCCCCGGGCAAGGGGGGCCUACAACUGUUUGAGCUGAUCCCCCUGCAGUUUGUGGAGCUGUUCAUCCACGAUGAGAAACGGCAGCAGCUGAAGGUGAAGCUCCGCUCGGGCCGCACCUUCUACCUGCAGCUGAGGGCUCCGGCCUCGGAAGACCAGGAGUUCGGCCGCUGGGUCCGGCUGCUCUACCGCCUGCGCUUUCACUCGGGCACCAGGGUGCCCUUCACCCAGGCCCCCGGCCCCCCGGAGGAGGAGGGGGCCGUGCCGCCGGACCAGAGGUGAAGGCCAGGAGCCCCCUCCCCCAAUUCUGCAGACACUCCAGCUGUGAGACGCUGCUGCCUGUUACUGCCGCCUCCCACGCGGAGCCCUUCACCCCAGUGCUCCCCGACCUCCGGAGACUCCAAUCUUCCCCUCCCCCCCAGCGGCCCGGGGACACGCACAUACCGCCCCCCUCCCCCCUCCCCGGGACACGGAAGGGUCAGAGAGGAACCUUCCCUGGACAGGGACCAACGGGAUAACAAAUUAAUAAAGACGCCGGACGUCAGAACGAAGGGCUGAGCCUUCAGAGUGGGGGCGCCCGUCCUGGGGGAGGAGGGGUCGGAGGGCCCACCCUGAGGGCUGGGUGAGAGGCGGCAGCACCGGCCUGGAAGUCACCGAAUCCUCCUCUCCUCCAUCCGUCCCCCCUCCAUUUCUUCUCCCUCCCUCCUUUCUCCCUCUCCUUUCUCUCUUCCCUCCCUCUCUUCUCUUUCCGUCCUCUUCUCUCUCCCCUUCCUCCCUUCUUUCUUCCCUUCCUUCCUUCCUUCUUUUCUUCUCCCCUCCCUUCUCUUUCCUUCCUCCCUCCUUUCCUUCCCGUCUUCCCUCUUUCCUUCCUCCCUUCCUUUCCUCCUUCCAUCCUUUCCUUCCUCACUUCUUCCUUCCUUUGAAAAUUUCCUACUUCCUUUCUUUCCUCCUUCCUGCCACCUUUCUUCCUUCCCUCCCUUCUCUCUUCCCUUCCCUUCCCUCUUUCCUCCCUCUCUCCCUCCUUUUCUUCCUCACUUUCUUCCUUCUUCCUUCCUUCCUCUCUCCCUCCUUUUCUUCCUC